UGUAUCUGUGUCUGUCUGUGUGUGUGUAUGUGUGUACGUGUCUGUGUGUGUGUAUGUGUGUGUGUGGCUGUGUGUGUAUGUGUGUCUGUGUGUGUGUGUGUGUGUGGUGCCAGAAUGAAACAACAAUGAAAACCUUAGGACGCCUUAUUAUAGCACCCACCAUCACCCAUCACCCAUCACCCAUCAGUGAAGAGAAUGAAUAAAAUGCAUCUACUCCAGAGGGGUGGGGGAGGUAUUUUGACAUAGCCAGUCCUGCGUUUAUAUAUGCAGUGCCAAACCCGUGACCCUCAAAUACUGCAGUGUUGUUACAAUAGUCUAAGUGGAUGUGGCACUAGAUGUAGACGAUAAAAUAAGUCCAAUGUCUGUCUGUGUGCGUGUGUGUGUUUGUGCGUGUGUGUAUGCGUGCGUGUCUGUGUGUGCGUAUCUGUGUGUGUGUGCGUGUAUAUAUAUAUAUAUAUAUAUAUAUGUGUGUGUGUGCGUGCGUAUGUGUAUGCUUGCGCGUGCGUGUGUGUGUAUGUGUGCGUGCGUGCGUGUAGCGAUACAAUCCUUCACUUCUCUCACGAACGGACGAAUGUAAAUUCGGCUGUUCCUCAGUUAAACAUUAAUUAAAUAAUUUACUAAUUAAAUAAGUAUAAUAUCAAGCUGAUGAUUUCAGAAUCAAAAUCCACUGCCCCAACAAUAUGAACAAUUAUUUUAUGUCAAUUUCCUAAAUUUUUAAUAUUCGCCCCUUUGUCGGAAAGCCGACGAAGUGUUCCACAUGCCAAUUAAAUAUAUAUCAUAAAAAGCAAGAAACACUCCCCAUCCAUCCACCCGCACCCCACCCCCAAACUUCAAGAUUCUAGUGUUAUUGACACUUUAACUAAAGCACCUAAUUUAUAAUUCUUAUUAUAGAUCGGCGGAACGCAGCCCACUGGUAAUGCAAUCGAUCCUCGUCUGUGGACCCAUUGGGUUAUUUCUCGUUGCAGCCAGAGCACCACGACUGGUAUAUCAAAGGCCACAUGUCGACAGCUGAGUUUGAUGACUGGAGUAGAAACAGGAAACAUUGUGAAAUUACAGCAAGCGGUCUGCUUGUCAACACAUAUUCACCCAAACCUCCAUUUAAUCCUCCAGAUAGUCUACAAAUGUUUAAGGGAGUUACAGACAGACUUCCUAUAUCAGGACUCGGAUGCUGGUAUUGGCAGACGAACGUAGAUUGUACGGUGCUGGAAGAAGCGAAAUCAAACUUUGUUGCAGUACAAGUUGGUGUCUGUGUAGAAGGGCAUUGCGAUGAUGAGAUACAGAUUGCGAAAAACAGACACGCGUGGUGUGUUUGUGUACACAGCUGUACCAUUCACAACAGUAUGUGUCUAGUGGUUGUAUCACGUGGAACGUAUAUGUGUCACUGUCCUGUAACAGUGUUUAAACCAAACACAAGUUUAAACGUCACACUGGGGUUACUUCUUGACAUAGAGAACUCCACCCUCCACGUGGUGAACAUCAACACCAAGUCACUGGUUCACUCCAUACCAAACAUCGACACAUCACAGCCACUGAUGCCCGUGUUUGGUGUGCACAGUCCUACACAAUUUCAGGUCAAAGUGAGAUUAUCGCCCGCCACGGAUCUGUCUGUGGAUCCAACCUUGCUGAUGGUACUCUCCAGUUUAGUUCAGCCGUGAUAAUCUACCUUAGUUAAUCAAUCCCUCAGCUUUACAAUUGAACUAAAUUUACUGGCACCGGUGGUAUCGUGGUUAAACCACCGGACUUAAGGCUGAUAGGUACAGGGUUCGCAGCCAGGUACCGCCUCCCACCCAGAGCGAGUUUUAACGACUCAAUGGGUAGGUGUAAGACAACUUUACCCUCUGAUCUCUCACUAGACACUAACAACUAACCCACUGUCCUGAACAAACAGCCCAGAUAGCUGAAGUGUGUGCCCAGGACAGCGUGUUUGACGUUUAAUUGGAUAUAAGCAGGGCAAUACGUUAAAAUGAAAAGAAGUAAAUUUUCCCAUAAUUAAAAUUAACGGAUUAUAUCCUGAAAAAAACAUAUGAAAAUCACUGGCAUUAUUAGCAUUUGUUGUACUUAAUGCUAUUACAACUGGCAUUUCUGAUUAGCAUUAGCAUUUGUUGUACUUAAUGUUAUUACAACUGGCAUUUCUGAUUAGCAUUAGCAUUUGUUGUACUUAAUGCUAUUACAACUGGCAUUUCUGAUUAGCAUUAGCAUUUGUUGUACUUAAUGUUAUUACAACUGGCAUUUCUGAUUAGCAUUAGCAUUUGCUGUACUUAUUACAAUUAACAUAUAUAUUAAACAUGGGUCAGUACAGUCUUCGGAAAUUAAAGUAUUUGUUUUUCUUGUAAAAAGAUAAUGUUAUGUCUGUAUAAAAUAUGUAUGUGUAAUACUAUUUUUAUAACUAGAGAAACACAACACGAAAUCGUCCUAAUGAAAACACUCGUGUUUCUGAUUAGUUAAUUGCAGAUUUGUUUUGACGAUUAUAUAAAGGUUAAAGAUAGCAGACGUCACAGCAGGCGUGGAUCUGCAGAGAAGAUAGCGGAAGUCAGAAAGCUUGCCGCCAUCUUUGUUUAUUUUGGUGUUAUUUUUCUUUUUUAGGGUGGGUUUUUCCAUGAUGGGAUUGCUCAACAUACAUUCGUCUGGAUUAUCUUUGUUUUAUACUUUUGUGUUCUUCUAUGUUUGAUGUAACAGUUAAUAAUGAUGAUUAUGAUUAGGAUGAUGGUGAUAAUGAUGUUGUUGAUGAUGAUGAUGAUGAUGAUGAUAAUGAUGACGAUGGUAAAUAAUGAAUGAAUCAAUGUUGACAUA